AGAUGUUGGAGACUUUGGAGCGCAUGGCCAUCUCAUACACGGUGACUGUCUGGCCUGAAACCUUCCCCGCCGGACUAGAUCGAGUCGUAGAAUUUGUCGCCAAUGAGCGAGCCACAGGACGUGUCUUACCUUGAGGGUAUGUAUGUAUGGAUGUAUGUAUGUAUGUAUCGGGUAUUCGGUAUUGUAUGGUGUAUGGUGUAUGGUGUACGAUGUAUGCUACAGUACCACCAUACUACUUCCCACCCCCCAACUUUUGAGCGGGAUACAUACGGAGUACGGAGUACUCCUCAGUAUCAUCUAGAUUCUAGGCAUCGCAAAUGCAGUCACAAUCAACGGAAUACGCUUCAUCCACCUGAACCACAUCCAUCCGUCCGUCCUCCGUUACUUCCUCGUCAUCCACUUGAUCCCCGUGGCUAUGGCCGUGGCAACAGGCUCCGCACCAGGCAGGUAGUGUAGCGUACAGAGAGAGUAAAAGUACCAAAUUCCUACUCUUCCGAUCUCUCGCAUCCCUGCCACUAACACCGGCUACCUAUAUACCGGUCCCGGUCUGAUCUGGAUCCCUCCACCCACCACUCUCACCUUGGUCCAU